AUGAUCGUCAACGCUUUGUCGAAGAGGACGUUUAAACAUUUAGCGUCCCUCGAAGGCCUAAUUGGCAAGGCAAAUGUUUCUGCUGGACAAUCAACUUUAUAUCUACAUUCGCACGACGAGUCCUAUCAUCGCACAAGAGCGCCCGAUGCUGUUGUUUUCCCAACGUGCACAGAGGACGUGGCCAAAGUCGCAAAAUAUUGCUAUGAUAACGAACUGCCGAUCAUUCCCUUCGGGCUUGGUUCUGGAUUUGAAGGUGGAAUAACAGCUCCUGCAGGCGGAGUUUCCGUGGAUACAGGAUUAAUCUUUCCUAUUGAUCCUGGAGCGGAUGCAACAAUAGGAGGCAUGUGCUCCACAUCCGCUUCAGGAACGGCAGCAGUUCGAUACGGAACAAUGAAAGAAAACACCAUCAAUUUAGAGGUUGUUCUUUCCGAUGGGCGAAUAAUUCAUACUGGUGGCCCUGGUCGUCACUUCCAGAAGUCUUCGGCUGGUUUCAACCUUACAGAACUCCUUGUCGGCUCAGAAGGAACUCUCGGAAUUAUAACACAGGCAACUGUUCGACUUCAUGCUGCCCCAGAAUAUCUUCAUGCUCUCAUAGCAACGUUUGAGACAAUCGAAGAUUCGCUGGCUUGUGCUAAUCUUGUGUUACAAAAUGGUGUCCCUGUUGGGAGAAUGGAGUUCGUAGAUCCCAAGUCGAUAGAUGUUAUUAAUAAGCACUCGAAUUUGGAAAACGAUGUCAAACCGACUCUCUUCUUUGAACUCAUCGGAAGUCCUGCCUCAGUCCAAGAACAACUAGAAACUGUGAAGUGGUGUCUAGAAGAAAAUAAUGUUUUGUCGAUGAAAGAAACAGCGGAUCCUGAAGAAAGAAAGACUCUUUGGAAAGCCCGACACAUGGCGUAUUAUGCAACCUUGGGCCAAUGCCGUCCUGGACAACAAGGAUAUUCCACCGAUGCAUGUGUUCCGCAAUCAAAGCUCACAGAAAUGAUUCUCUCAGCAAAGGAGUACAUUGCGGAAUCGAAAUUUUCCAAAGACACCGCCAUAAUAAUAGGCCACGUUGGCGAUGGUAACUUUCACAUAUUCACGGGAGUUGAUCCUUCUAGCGAAGAAGAGAUUCAGGACAUACGAGAACUAGCUAGGAAAGUUGCCAAUAAGGCGCUUGAACUUGGCGGUACUUGUACGGGCGAGCACGGAAUCGGACUCGGCAAAAAGCAAUUUCUUGUUGACGAAAAAGGCCACGAUGUCGUAGAAUUGAUGAAAUCAAUCAAAAACGUAUUUGAUCCGAAGAAUAUUAUGAACCCCGGAAAGAUAUUCUUUUAA